GUUUGUGGCUUCUGGUCCUAUCGAGUGAUGAUGGACAUAACUCGAUUGUAAAUGUUGCCAAGUCACUUUGUGAAGAGGCACAGGCUUCAUCAAUAAAACCACAUGUAGAUAUUCCUAUCAUCAGCAGCAAAAUAUCCAUAUCGAAUUUCCUACCAGAUCCUGAUUUAGCAAUUGUAUGUGGCAGUACCAAGUCAUUAUUGGGAUAUCCUCCAUGGACAUCUCCACUAACAGAAAUAAUGUGGCUAUCUUCUCAUUAUAAAUGCAGCUACUUUGAAUUUCAUUCUGUCCUGUAUCAAUAUGCACAGAGUCAACAGAGAUAUGGGAAAUAA